AGCCCAGCUCCCGGCACGGUCUCUGCAAUCAUGAAGGAUGUGCCGGCCUUCUUACAGCAGAGCCAGAGCUCCGGGCCGGGCCAGGCCGCCAUUUGGCACCGGUUGGAGGAGCUGUACACGAAGAAGUUGUGGCAUCAGCUCACACUUCAGGUGCUUGAUUUUGUCCAGGACCCGUGCUUUGCCCAAGGAGAUGGUCUCAUUAAGCUUUACGAAAACUUCAUCAGUGAAUUUGAACACAGGGUAAACCCUUUGUCCCUGGUAGAAAUAAUUCUUCAUGUGGUUAGACAGAUGACCGAUCCUAAUGUGGCUCUUACUUUCCUGGAAAAGACUCGUGAGAAGGUUAAAAGUAGUGAUGAAGCAGUGAUCUUGUGUAAAACAGCUAUCGGGGCUCUGAAACUAAACAUCGGGGAUCUCCAGGCUACGAAGGAAACCAUUGAAGAUGUUGAAGAGAUGCUCAACAAUCUCCCUGGGGUGACAUCAGUUCACAGUCGUUUCUAUGACCUCUCCAGUAAAUACUAUCAAACAAUCGGAAACCAUGCGUCCUACUAUAAAGAUGCUCUACGGUUUCUGGGCUGUGUCGACAUCAAGGAUCUGCCAGUGUCAGAACAACAGGAGAGAGCCUUCACGUUGGGGCUUGCUGGACUUCUUGGAGAGGGAGUUUUUAACUUCGGAGAGCUUCUCAUGCACCCUGUGCUGGAGUCACUGAGGAACACUGACCGGCAGUGGCUAAUUGACACUCUGUAUGCUUUCAACAGUGGUGAUGUAGAUAGGUUCCAGACCCUGAAGUCUGCCUGGGGCCAGCAGCCUGACUUAGCAGCCAACGAGGCCCAGCUUCUGAGGAAGAUCCAGUUGUUGUGCCUUAUGGAGAUGACUUUCACACGACCUGCCAACCACAGACAACUCACUUUUGAAGAAAUUGCCAAAAGUGCCAAAAUCACUGUGAACAAGGUGGAGUUGCUGGUGAUGAAGGCGCUCUCAGUGGGGCUGGUGAGAGGCAGCAUAGACGAGGUGGACAAGCGGGUUCAUAUGACCUGGGUGCAGCCCCGCGUGCUGGACUUGCAGCAGAUCAAGGGGAUGAAGGACCGCCUGGAGCUGUGGUGCACUGACGUGAAGAGCAUGGAGAUGCUGGUGGAACACCAGGCUCAAGACAUCCUCACGUAGUGACCCAGUGUCCCACAGACCCUGCCUCACCUUGCAAGGCAUUUCUGUGGCCCCUGAAACCAUCAGCAGAGAUCUGUAUUGGAUUGGCAUGGAGUUUGGGAUCCUGCUAGGAGUCGGAACUGUUCUUGCUAUUAAAACAGAUAUCUUUCAUUGA